AUGCAGGCUUUCAACACUCCCUGGGACAAGGUGAAAAAUGGAACACCCGGCCCCUUUGAUGGGCCACAGUGGCCCCACCUGGCCCCACGGAGUGUCUACACCUCGGUGGCAGUCCUCAUGGGACUAGUGGUGGUCUCGGCCGCCGUGGUGAAUGGUUUAGUCAUCGUGGUCUCCGUCCAGUACAAGAAGCUCCGUUCACCUUUGAACUACAUCCUGGUGAACCUGGCCGUGGCGGAUCUCCUGGUCACCUUCUUCGGAAGCACAGUCAGCUUUGCCAACAAUGUCCGGGGCUUCUUUGUGUUCGGUCGGGCGGCGUGCGAGUUCGAAGGCUUCAUGGUCUCCUUGACAGGGAUCGUGGGUCUCUGGUCUUUGGCGAUUCUGGCCUUCGAGAGAUACCUGGUGAUCUGCAAACCUGUGGGCGACUUCCGCUUCCAGCGAAGGCACGCUGUGAUUGGCUGUGUUUUCACGUGGGCGUGGUCAUCGCUUUGGACAGUCCCCCCACUAUGUGGGUGGAGCAGCUACGUCCCAGAAGGUCUGGGAACGUCCUGCGGCCCCAAUUGGUACACCGGCGGAGGCGGAAAUAACAGCUACAUCAUGGUGUUGUUCGUCACCUGCUUUGCAAUCCCUCUGGCAAUUAUCCUCUUCUCCUAUGCCAACUUGCUUAUGACCCUGCGAGCGGUGGCAGCUCAGCAAAAAGAAACGGAGACGACGCAGCGCGCGGAGAGGGAGGUGACACGGAUGGUGGUCGCGAUGGUGGUGGCCUUCCUCGUUUGCUGGCUGCCCUACGCCAGCUUUGCCAUGGUGGUGGCCAUCCACAAGGACCUCAUCAUCCAGCCAGCGCUUGCUUCUCUGCCGUCGUAUUUCUCCAAGACAGCCACAGUGUACAACCCCAUCAUUUACAUCUUCAUGAACAAGCAGUUCCGCAGCUGCCUCUUUCACACGAUGACUUGCGGCCACAGGCCGUGGGCUACACAAGAAACGACACCCGGCAUGAUCAACAUCCCAGGCGGUCAAACUUCAGGUUCAGAGGGGACUGGGAACAAAGUGACGCCUUCUUCGUAA